UCAAACUCUUACUGUCCAGUGAGCUGUACUGCCGGGUCUGCAGCCUCAUCCUGAAAGGGGAUCAGGUGGCCGCGCUGCAGGGGCACCAGUCUGUCAUUCAGGCUCUGUCUCAGAAGGGCAUCUAUGUGAUGGAGAGCGACCACAUGCCUGUGACCGAGUCCGACCUCAGCUGUGCGCCCGUGAAAAUGAGUUCACACAUGGCGAUGGUCGACGCUCUGAUGAUGGCCUACACCGUGGAGAUGAUCAGCAUUGAGAAAGUGGUGGCCAGCGUCAAGCGCUUCUCGACGUUCAGUGCCUCGAAAGAGCUUCCGUAUGACCUGGAGGACGCCAUGGUGUUCUGGAUCAACAAGGUAAAUCUUAAAAUGAGAGAGAUAACAGAGAAAGAAGUUAAAUUAAAACAACAGUUAUUGGAAAGUCCAGCUCACCAAAAGGUCCGCUAUCGACGAGAGCACCUUUCCAAUAGGCAGUUACCCUACUUCCCGUUGUUGGAGGAUUUGAUGAAAGAUGGCAGUGACGGUGCUGCUCUGUUAGCGGUGAUUCACUAUUAUUGCCCAGAGCAGAUGAAACUGGAUGAUAUAUGCCUGAAGGAGGUAACGUCGAUGGCUGACAGUCUGUAUAACAUUCGGCUUCUAAGAGAAUUCUCAAAUGAGUAUCUUAACAAGUGCUUCUAUCUCACCUUGGAAGACAUGCUGUACGCCCCCUUAGUGCUGAAGCCAAAUGUUAUGGUUUUUAUUGCUGAGCUCUUCUGGUGGUUUGAGAACGUCAAGCCAGAUUUUGUUCAACCCAGGGACGUUCAGGAGCUGAGAGAUGCUAAAGCAGUGUCACACCACAAAGGCAGCAGGCCUCCUGUCCCUAUCUCCAACGCCACCAAGCGCAGCUUCAUGGCCAGCCCGGCCCCAGCAAGCCCCGCGGACCUGCAGCCACCCACGCAGCCGGCCACCGAGGCCUGUGCCCGGUACUACCUGCACCCGGAGGAGUCUGAGUGUCUUGGGAAAGCGACCUCUGCCUUCAGCCCGUCCCACCCGUUGUUGCCAUUGAGGCAAAGGCAACAGAAAGCGCUGCAGGGGGAGGACAGCCCCGAUCAGCGACAUCGAUCUAAUUCUCUAACCCGAGCUGACGGCCAGCCACGUGGUGUGGCGGUAGCGUGGUCAGAUAAAAAAACCAGGCCUGUGUCUCAGCCAACCCCCUUUGCUCUUCAUUACGCUGCGAGCUGCGACAUGGAUCUUGGCUCCGGCGACAGUGUCAGCUUGGCCCGCUCCAUCAGCAAAGACAGUUUGGCAUCCAAUGUUAUCAGUCUCACCCCACAGAAUCAGCCUCACCCUGCAGCUGUAAAGACCAACGGGAGAAAUCUCCUGAACAACGUCAAUAUUGAGGACGAGGAUGAGGAGCUCUUGGCGAUCAUUAGAACAGAUGCUCCUCACGGGGGUGACGUGCAAGUGCCGAGGGUCUCCCCCUGUGCCUCGCCUCGCGCCUCCCCUCAGGCCUCGGGUGUGACGGGUGCCAGGUCUCCCCAGAGGCAGGAAGACGCCUCAGAGAGUAAGCCUGAUAGUUUUUUCUUGGAGCCACUAAUGCCGGCUGUACUCAAGCCAGCAAAAGAAAAGCAGACGGUUACCAAGGAGGAUGAGCGUGGAGAGGGGCGGCCCCGGGGCUUCACUGCCAAGAGAUCCAAUGAGGGCUACCAGUCUUUGGUACGAAGGAAAGUGACCAGCAGUCAUGGCAGCCAUGACCUGAAUCGGACUUUCACCCCAAUCUCCUGUUCAGAAUUCCUGGUGGGUGUGGAGCCCGCACCCGCAGAGGUGGGAUUGCCGUCAGCAGACGCUGCAGGAGAAACGUGCAGCCGGCCUGUGGCCAGCGGCGGUUUCCACCCGCUAUCUCAGGUACAGUCUGUCGAUGGCUUCUUCCUGCACGUAGCCAGAGCUGCUGAAGACCCCGAGGGGAGGCUCAGCAUGAGCUGUUUGAAAAGCCCCGGCUCACAGGACUCAGAUCCAUGGACUCUCCUGAGGCAGGACUCUGAUUCAGACGUGGCUGACAUAGAGGAGGCUGAGCACAACCUGACUGGAGAGGACGGGCCUGUCAUCCUUGCGAAGUACACCGGCGAGGAAGAGUCGGCGAAACUGCAGGAGGACAUGAAGGUGAAGGAGCACGAGGACAAGGACGACGCCAGCGGCCGCUCGAGUCCCUGUCUGAGUACCAUCUCUCAGCUCAGCAGUGUCUCCAUGGCCAGCGGGAGCGUGAAGAUGACCAGCUUCGCUGAGAGGAAACUGCAGAGACUCAACAGCUACGAGACCAAGUCCAGCACCAGCAGUUCCCAGAAGACCACGCCCGAUGCGUCAGAGAGUUGCCCAGCACCGCUGACGACCUGGCAGCAGAAGAGAGAGCAGAGCCCGAGCAGGCGGGGUCGGGAGCACGCCAGCCUGCUGGCCUCGGAGUUGGUGCAGCUGCGCAUGCAGCUGGAGGAGAAGCGGCGGGCCAUCGAGGCCCAGAAGAAGAAGAUGGAGGCGCUGUCUGCCAGGCAGCGUCUGAAGCUCGGCAAGGCGGCCUUUCUGCACGUGGUGAAGAAGGGCAAGGCCGACGGUGUCCCUCAGCCGCUCAGACCUGAGCACUCGGCGAAGGAGUAUUCUCAGCACAACGGGGAGGCCUUUGGUGACGGUGUGUCUAAAGUGGAAGAGCUCCUUGCCGGAGAGGAGGAGCGAGACCUCCUGCCCGAGUCUCGGGACGUGGAGGAGGGGAGCCGAGCCUUCGUUCAGCAGCACUCGCUCAAGGACCCUUCAGUGCUGCACGACCUGGAGAGGACAAAGGUGCUGUCCGCCGCCCUGUUGGAGGACGGCGUGGGCGGCGGGGUGGACGUGAGCGAGUGCGACCUCUCCAUCGAGAAGCUCAACGAGACCAUCAGCACCCUGCAGCAGGCCAUCCUGAAGAUCUCACAGCAGCAAGAGCAGCUCCUCACCAAGCCCCGCUCCGUGCCAGUGCCAGCCUCUAAGAACGGCUCCCAGGACCAGAAGGUCAAGCCAGUGGCGCAUCUUGUUGAGCCACUCUCUCCGACCGGGCUGACUGGUCACCGCAAAACCCCUCGUCUUGGCCAGGGACGGAGCUCCCGCUCAGGACGGCCAGCUGAGCUAAAGGUCCCAAAGGACAGGCAGCAGGGCCCCUCUCGGAGCAAAACCCCGACCCCGAGCAUAGAGACCUUCCCACACCUGAGGUCAGUCCCCCCGAACAGCCACGUGAGGACACCCACUGACCCGGGCCUGGACAAUGGCACGGAGCCCGGGAGUGACUCUCGUGACAAGGUGAUCUUCGACAGUUACAGGCUCCACGAUGAAAGCAACCAGCGAAUGUUCGUUCUGUCGUCCUCCAAGGACGCCAACAUCCUGUCGGAACAGAUGGGCAUCACAGAGGCUCUAGAGAAGAGCGGGAGAGAGGCGGGCCUGAGCUCUUCCAACGUCGCGGGGAAGGAGAGCGUUCCUGUGGAGGAGCCCUUGAGGAGCAAGACCAGCCUCAUCGAGGUGGACCUCUCUGACCUGAAGGCGCCCAGCGAGGACGGGGACAUGGACACCCAUGACAGCUCGGGGGGCCUGGUCAGCGACUGUGACCAGAAGCUUGGGGUCGGGUUCUUCUUCAAGGAUGAGCAGAAGGCAGAAGAUGAGCUAGCCAAGAAGCGGGCAGCUUUCCUUCUGAAGCAGCAGCGCAAGGCUGAGGAGGCCCGUGUGCGGAAGCAGCAGCUCGAGGCUGAGGUGGAGCUCAAGAGAGAUGAAGCCCGGCGUAAAGCGGAAGAGGAUCGGAUACGAAAAGAGGAGGAGAAGGCCCGGCGUGAGCUCAUUAAGCAGGAGUACUUGCGCAGGAAGCAGCAGCAGAUUUUAGAAGAGCAGGGCCUUGGGAAACUAAAGUCAAAGCCGAAAAAGCCUCGGCCCAAGUCAGUCCACCGGGAGGAGUCGUGCAGCGACUCGGGCACCAAGUGCUCCUCGACGCCUGACAAUUUGAGCCGUGCGCAGUCUGGAUCCAGCCUGUCCUUGGCGUCUGCAGCGACCACAGAGCCGGAGAGCGUCCACUCAGGGGGCACGCCUUCCCAGCGAGUGGAGUCCCUGGAAGCCCUGCCCACACUGAGCCGGAACCCGAGCAGGAGCACAGACCGGGACUGGGAGACGGCAUCUGCGGCAUCCUCCCUGGCCUCGGUGGCUGAGUACACAGGUCCCAAGCUCUUCAAGGAGCCCAGCAGCAAGUCAAACAAGCCGAUAAUCCACAAUGCGAUAUCGCAUUGCUGCCUGGCGGGGAAAGUGAACGAGCCGCACAAGAACUCAAUAUUAGAGGAGUUAGAAAAGUGUGACGCCAACCACUACAUCAUUCUGUUCCGUGACGCAGGCUGCCAGUUCCGGGCGCUGUACUGCUACUACCCUGACACCGAAGAGAUCUACAAGUUAACGGGCACGGGGCCCAAGAGUGUCACCAAGAAAAUGAUUGACAAGCUUUACAAGUACAGCUCAGACCGAAAACAGUUUAACCUGAUUCCAGCCAAAACCAUGUCUGUCAGCGUGGACGCCCUCACAAUCCACAACCACUUGUGGCAGCCCAAGCGGCCUGCAGUGCCAAAGAAGAUGCAGACUCGCAAAUGACACCGGCUGGCCGGCGUCCAGAGGGUGGUGCCGACAGCAUCGAUAUUUAUUAUGUUCAUCCCCUUGGGUACGAAGUGUGCAAGGUCAUAAACCCUUUUCAUAGAGGCAUCUAGACCAUGACGGGACGCCCGUCUCUCAGCUCCUCGCACACACGACGGACGUGGGUGCAGUGAGACGGAAGGGUGCACGCCAGUGUCGACGCGGGCUCUGCCGGCACCGCCCUGCCGCCACCGGCUCCCACAGGACGGCGUGCGAGAGGCAGGAGAUGGAGGUGUGGACAGUCUCCUACUUGAAGUUCUUCUCCAGUAUCGAUUAAAGAUGGUGUGAUUCGCUUUUCCUGCCUCACCUCACCCUUUUGCACGUCGCCUGACACCCGUCAUGUUGGCAGGCCACCGUCUAGUGAGGUCCCAGUGCUGAGAACUGAUCUUGGGUCAGGGUGUUUGAACGUCUCUAGAAAAGGGAUUCAUAUGGGGGAAACCUUUUCAUUUGAGAAAUUGUAUGAUAUUUAUUGAUUGUGUCUACUGCCAACAUUUAUAUCCAAUUCUAAGAUUUCUGAAAAGAUCCUUGUUUUUUGCUGCUCAGAAAAAGUUUACUGAAAAGACCAGUUCACUAAAGCACUGAAAUCUGUGGUCUGUCUUCUGCUAAAUAACGUUUACAAAUGUAGAGGCGAUGGUUUCUGACCCGCAAUCAUGAGCGAAAAGGUACUAGGAGCUGGUGCUUGCCUGACGGAAGCAGGCAAGGCGGACAAACGAGCCGUCACGGGUGACACUGUGGACAGUGCUGUAAUGGUUUGUUAACUUUAGGACAGACAGAUUUGGAUAGAGUGUUUCUCACUCGGAGCAUGUUCCGUAACAGAUGAUGCACUUCCGAUGGCGGCUCUUUUAGUGUUUUUAUUAUGUCAUGACUGUAACCAGCCUCCUCUGUCCUGUCCUGGUUCCUGAUUCUGGAAGGACAGAAGGAUACUUGUGUUUGGUCGCGUAUUUAAAAACAAUUAAAGUGGUUCUUUGCAGUUAUUUCAGAGCUCCGAGUAAGUGGAAUGACUUUGGAUUCUUUUGUGUUGGGCGUUCGGUUGCUGAUGCCUUUCCACAGCAGACGCCGUCUGGAGCCGACCGCACUCCAACCCGUCCUGGGCGUGUUGCUCCUGUGCCCGUGUCAGGGCGCCUGGGGCUCCGCAGUGCCUCUGUGGGACUCGGCCAGCUGCUCUGCUGUCCAACUGGCAGAAGAUUCUGAAGUCACUUCUGUUAGCUUUGCACAUAUUUUCUUGGAAGUGUUACUUGAAUCUGUCUGAAACUGCAGAAGAAACUACAGAUCAAUAGAGAGAAAAGUUAGACCAGUGUAACUGUUAGAUAAUGUUAGCCAGACACAGGUAAGUGAACUCUGUGCCCAGGAGGAGAAGAAGUGGCACAAAACGCUAGACCCGCCGUAGGUCUCACCGUGCAGGUCUCACCUUGUAGGUCUCACCUUGCAGGUCUCACCUUGCAGGUCUUGCUGCAGUUCCUCAGU